GGAUUAGCUAGGAGACCUUGAGGUAGAGGUGCUGGAGGCCAUGGCUGAUGCUGUCACCUAUGCAGACCUGCGCUUUGUGAAAGUGCCCUUGAAGAACAGCAUCUCUAACUACUUAGGACAGGACUGUGAGGCCUAUGAGGACGGAGAACUCACCUAUGAGAACGUGCAAGUGUCUGCAGUCCCAGGGGGGCCGUCAGGCUUGGCUUCCCCUGCACUAGUGGACAAAGCAGGAAGUUCCCCUUCCGCAGGCGUUAGGUCAGAGCAGCCAGCUGCGUCAUGGAGGUCGGCGAAGUUGCCCGCUAAAGGGCAGAUUCCCCGUUGUCUCACGGUCGGCUUACAAUACUUCUUGCUGGGCCUUCUCCUGGUCUGUCUGAUGUUAGGGGUGGCUGCCAUCUGCCUGGGAGUUCGCUAUCUGCAGGUGUCCCAGCAACUCCAGCAGGUAAGCAGGAUUUUGGAAGCCACCAACAGCAGCAUGCAGCAGCAGCUCAGGCAGAAGACAGCUCAGCUGGGGAAGAAGGAGGUGGAUCUGCAGGAGUCUCAGACAAAGCUGACCGUGAGUCAGAGCACUUUACAGGAGAAGCAGAAAAUCCAUGAAGCCACUGAGAAGCAACUACAGGCCUGCCAGUCUGAGGGACAGAGGGCCAAGGAGAACUUGGAAAGGGAGGAGCAGCAGAGGAGGGACUUGAACCAGAGGCUGAUCAAUGUGCAGGACACACUGAAGCGCAUCCUCUCCUGUUCUUCAGAUACCUGCUGUCCGCUGGGAUGGACACAGGAACAGAAAAGAUGCUUUUACAUCUCAAGCACUCCCAGAAGUUGGGAGGAGAGCCAAAAAUACUGCACAUCUCUGUCCUCCCAACUGGCUGUAUUCAGGGAACCUACGUUUUAUCAAGUGAGCAUGCCCUUAUCCAUAUUCUGAAGUGGGUACCAUUGGUAAAAGGAGGUAUGUCACUGAGUUAGGAGUGCCAGUGCAUGUCUGCCACAUGCCAUGGUUUGCAUUGCUUCCCCGUGACAGAUAUGGACAGUCACACUAGUGCCUGUAGAUGUGGGACUAGCUUCAGCAUCUUUCAGUCUUGUGUUGUUCCUAUUGCUUAGCAUUGGUGAGAGCCGAUACGUCUGAACCAUCCCCACUUUAGUGUGUGUCUUGGCUUGCUGGCCUGCCCCUUGAUUGCUUAACUGUUCAUUGGCUCUCGUGCCCCUCAGGCAGAGUGGGGCCAGACCCUGACACUUGAUUACCCAAGACCAGAAGUUCACAGACUGACUCCACUUCAAAUUCUUACUCAGCUUGGAGGUGAAAUAGAGUGGGCUGUAUGUGGUGGCACUGGAAGGAUGCUGAGUAAUUAAUUCAUGUACUAAAUGGGCAUGGUCUUUUCCUAAGUAAAACACAGGCCUCCUAGGGGGUCCCUAUUUUAUUUCAUAUUCACAUUUCUUUUCAUAGACCUCUCUGAAAACCUUUCAGAUUUCUCUGCCCAGCAGAUUAAAGGAGUU